AUGGAAGUCAAACUUUUCCCCCUCAGAUGCGCCAGUUCUCAUUGCAAUUUUAAUGACUUCUGGGCCCAGUCUGCAGAGCGUGAGGUCAUCCCGCACCGCCACCUGACCAGCCCUGGUGGAGGCUCCACUUCCCCGACUGUGUCAGGGUGUCCCUUUUCCUCACGACAGGUGCAGGCAUUGGUCUCUCCCACGUGUGAAUCUCCCCACUCCUUUAGCACUCUCCAUCGCUCUCCAACCACUCAAGCCCUCAUGAAGGUUCCUCCCACACCAGCCACGCCCAUGUCCCCCAUGGAUGCCCUCCGUCGCCUCCAACUCCCUCCAGAUCUCUCUCCUCAGGAAGAGGAUUUAGAGGGUGGAGUUGACCUGGAGGAGGGAGUAGGGGAUGAGGAAGAUGAUGGCGUAGAGGAACUAGGAAGUACCUAAACUGAUCAAUGAAAUAUGCAGUUUUCUGCUUCAGAAGUGAAGUGCCAUUCAGCCAACAUGGUUAACUGCUACAGUCCUAAUAGUUUAACAAAAACAGCUGUACUGAUAUGCUUGAUGAGUUGGUAUCAGAAGCAACAGCAUGAAUUCAUUUCAAUAAAUAAUUUACAAAGUAAAAUGAUCUAGAGAGCAACCUAAAUCAUAUAUCCUAAUAUGCCCUCCAUACAGCCAUGCACAAUAUGGCAUCUUUUAUUUUUUGACUUCAGUAGAAAUGGUAGACUCCCUUAAGCUGAUAAUUGCAUCAUAUUUCCUGACUUCCUAAGUUCCUCUCUAGUCACCCGCCACUUUCCUACAGAUUGACAUAUAAUUUUGUCACAAGUGAUAUAUUGUAGACAAGACUGGAAAGCUAUAUCAUAGACAUAGAAAAUGGAGAUGGUUUGGAUUUUACUAUAAGGGGAUUCCUAUUAAUCCAAGUAAUGUGGGCGUGUGGCUUGGUGUUUGGAUCUGGUUUGGUGUACGCACGUUCAGCAGGGCCCAGAUUGGCUGGUUGUGUGUAGACUACCUUGCAUCACAAAUCUUCUGCACGUACUCAGUAUGGUUGAGUUUAUAAACGUAAGAAUAUCUUAAGAACUCAUUCUGGCCACUCUUUAGCAAGCUCUAAGUGUGCAUAACACGAGGAAUUCUUGGAAUUCUUACUUUAUGAAGACAGCCUCCGCUUCUCGGUACUCCCGUGGAAGAGAUCAUCAGCAGGGGAUCAAGUUGUGCCUCUGCUUGCGUAGAAAUUUUGCUAACCACUAACACAUUGAUGUACAUUUGUGAAUGUUUUAUGUGGCCUAGUGCAACUGUAUCUCUUUCUCUGCUUUAUCAUUAUUGUCACAGGAACAUGCUAUUUGUUGGAUGUUGACUGAUCUGUGUUUGGCCCAUGUUGCUGAGCUUAAUUAUUUUUACCUUUUUACAGUGAAUGAUCAUAGUGGUUAUAUAUAUAUAUAUAUAUAUAUAUAUAUAUAUAUAUAUAUAUAUAUAUUAAUUAGAUGACUCAACAGAAGUUCAUGAAUAUUCUGUAAUAUGGUGAAAAAAGUUAUGCUUAGAAUUUAAACUAAUCAAACACUGUCAAGUUAAGGUCACAGUAUAGCACUCAGAACAACUAGCUAAGUAUGUUUGGUGAAACAUAACUUUAACCUCACUGUCAGCUGUGUUGUAUAUAUAAGCAUACACACACACACAUAUAUAUAUGUGUAUGUAUAUGUAUAUAUAUAAUGUAUGUAUGUAUGUAUGUAUGUAUGUAUAUAUGUACAGACACACUUUCUUUUCUUUUCUUUUCUUUUAUCUUGUGUGUGACAAGAUUCUUGGUCAUUCAAUCUCUCAGCUUUGUUCAAAACAAUUACUGUACCUCUUCAGCUGAACUCAUAUAGGCUACUUCUAAUCUUGUUGACUGUGAGUGAAUGUUUUCUUGUUACCGCAUAUAGCCAAGUAACUAGUCGUUAACAUAAUGUACUUAUGAGUGCUUGACUGGAGAAACUUUACAUACUUAGGGAUAUAAAUCAGUGAGCACAAGGAGCUUAGUCAGCUUGCAAGAUCUCCAGGUCUGCAUGGAUAUAAAAGGGCAGCCAUAAGUAAUUGUAGGUCAGAUUAGACAUCAUUGAUUGGGAAUAGUAUUAUUCCCACUCUUGUUUCUUUUGCUUGUAGCUCCCAUCUGUAGCAUAUAAUACCAUAUUUCCUUGUGCCCAUUGUGAAUAACACAUACAUAAAGCCUUAGGUGUAAAAUAGAACCUAUGUAUUUGUAGUGUUCACUUUGGUCAGUCACCUGAGCCUCCUAAACUGACCCACAGAGGGCACAUAUUCCACCAAAGUCAGUUGAUCAUUGUUAUUUUUAUUUUAUUUAUAUAUUUUUCAUAAGAAGCAUCUCAUCAGAUCGUGAAAGCUACUUGAAUUUCUGCCAUCUUUCUUUUCUUAGUAUUUUUUAUUUAAAUAAUAUAAAUAACUAAUAUAUAUAUAUAUAGUAUGACAAUUUGCAAUGCUAGAAUUUUAAGGCAUGAAAACAUGGUGUGUUGAGAUAGCUUCUUGACAAUUUAAUGUGAAAAAACUUAGGUUGGGUCACUGUAGGAGAAGUCCACACAGCACAGUAACAUACAUGUAGCCACAUCAGCAACUAUGGAUCUUAACAAAUAUGCCAGUAACUAUUUAUAGUUAAGUAAAGAAUGUCUCUUUUAAUUUAGUACUACUGUGUACUUGCUUCUUUAAUAAUUAGAUCAUUUUGAAUUAGCAUCACAUUGUUAGUGGCAUUUGUGUAAAUUGUGAAAUAACCAUUUGUUUUUAUUUCUUAUUUCCUUACAUUUUGCAAAAUUAUUACCAGUAUGUCAUGGAGAACUGUAUGUAGGAAUUACAGGAUGUUGAAUACAAGAUAAAUAUUUACGGCAUGUUUCAAGUUCUGAAUAUAGUGUAGGUCAAAUCCAUGGAUGUCAAAUGCAUUCCAGGGACAGAGUUCUGGAGAAAGAAUAGAACUUUCCUUAUUGAGACCUAUCGUUGCUGGUUAUGUUACGAUCAUUGCCAUAGUUACCAGCAUGUGGUAAAUUACCCAUGAUUUGUGUAAAAGUUUAUGAUUGCUGGUGUAUACUGGAACAGUUGAAACUUGUCAGAAAAAAAAUCUGAAUUUUGCAGAACCAGUUAGUGCUUUUUUAUUUUAACUGACAGAACUGUAUAAAGUAAGGUUAAAUAUACAGGUAUACUGGUAGAUUUUAUGAUUUUAUCUCUUGAAAAAGUAGAAUGGUUCUUGCAUUGGUUUAGAUAAUGCCAUACAUACAUUCCAUUGAGGUAGUAUAUUGAUUUGAGGGAGGAAUAUUGUUAAAGCCAAGGCCAUUUGUAGUGGCCAUUCUAGAUUGAAUAACAGUAGAUUGUAAGGCUCAUAAUUGUUUAUUAAUGUUCAUGUCCAGUCAUUGUGAGAGACCAAGGAACUGUAAUUCCCAGUUUCAUGGUUAUACCUUAAGUAAUUAAGAUGACUGAAGCAACCAUUUGCAUUAUUUCUGAAAUUUUUUAGUUCAAAUGCCUCUUGAGAUGUAAUACUUUAUGGGUGAAUUUUUGUGUAUUUUUGUAUUUCAGUUACACAUGUAUGUACAACUCCUCUGGCAAGUCAUGUAUUUAAGUGCCUGUCUAUUUGCAUUGCAGGCGCUUACACAAACUUUAUCAAUGUUGAUACCCAGGUGUGAGCAAAAUACAUUAUUACAUAGAAUAAA